AAAUCCUGGCCUAAAACAUUCUUCUGUUUAAUUCCAGCAGAGAGAUGUCUAUGUCCCAUUUGUAUGGACGUAGAGGUGAUGAGGAGGAGGAUGGUGUGGAAAUUGAAAAGUUUGAGGUGACCGAGUGGGACUUGGCCAAUGAGUUCAACCCAGACAGACGCAGAUACAGACAGACUAAAGAAGAAGCGACGUAUGGGAUUUGGGCAGAGCAUGACUCUGAUGAUGAGCGGCCCAGCUUUGGGGGGAAAAGAUCGAAAGACUAUUCAGCUCCCGUGAACUUUGUGAGUGGUGGCCUACGAAAGACUGCAGCUGAGGAGAAAGUAGAACAGGAGGGUUCAGAUGACUCGAAUGAAAGUGGAGAUGCACCUCCGCCACCCCGCGCUGCUGCUCCCAAAAAACUCCAAACG